CGACGGGCGGGCGGGCUGCCCUGAGGAGGCGGGGAGGGGAGGACUGGGCCGGCCGGCGGGCAGGCGACGAUGCCGAACUUCUGCGCCGCCCCUAACUGCACGCGGAAGAGCACGCAGUCGGAUCUGGCCUUCUUCAGGUUCCCGCGGGAUCCGGCCAGAUGUCAGAAGUGGGUGGAGAAUUGUAGGAGAGCCGACUUAGAAGAUAAAACACCUGAUCAACUAAAUAAGCAUUAUCGAUUGUGUGCCAAACACUUUGAGACCUCUAUGAUCUGUAGAACUAGUCCUUAUAGAACAGUUCUUCGAGAUAACGCAAUACCAACAAUAUUUGAUCUUACCAGUCAUUUGAACAAUCCUCACAGUAGACACAGAAAGCGAAUAAAAGAAUUGAGUGAAGAUGAAAUCAGGACACUGAAACAGAAAAAAAUUGAUGAAACUUCUGAACAGGAACAAAGACAUAAAGAGACAAACAACAGCAGUGUUCAGAACCCCAGUGCAGAAGAAGGGGGUGAUGAGCAAGAUGAAGACAUUUUACCUUUAACCCUCGAGGAGAAGGAAAACAAAGAGUACUUAAAAUCUUUGUUUGAAAUUUUGAUUCUCAUGGGCAAGCAAAACAUACCUCUGGAUGGACACGAGGCUGAUGAAGUCCCCGAAGGUCUCUUUACUCCCGAUAAUUUCCAGGCCCUGCUGGAGUGCCGGAUAAAUUCUGGUGAAGAGGUCCUGAGGAAGCGCUUUGAGAGCACGGCCGUUAACACGCUGUUCUGCUCGAAGGCGCAGCAGAAGCAGAUGCUGGAGAUCUGUGAGAGCUGCAUUCGCGAGGAAACACUCAGGGAAGUGAGGGACUCUCACUUCUUCUCCAUCAUCACUGACGACGUGGUGGACAUAGCGGGGGAAGAGCACCUGCCUGUGUUGGUGCGGUUUGUUGAUGACUCCCAUAACCUGCGAGAGGAAUUUGUGGGCUUCCUGCCUUAUGAAGCUGAUGCAGAAAUUCUGGCUGUGAAAUUUCACACUAUGAUAACCGAGAAGUGGGGGCUGAAUAUGGAAUAUUGCCGUGGCCAGGCUUACAUCGUGUCCAGUGGAUUUUCUUCCAAAAUGAAAGUUGUUGCUUCUAGACUUUUAGAGAAAUAUCCCCAAGCCGUCUACACACUCUGCUCUUCCUGUGCCUUAAAUAUGUGGUUGGCAAAAUCGGUUCCUGUUAUGGGAGUAUCCGUUGCAUUGGGAACAAUUGAGGAAGUUUGUUCUUUUUUCCAUCGAUCACCACAGCUGCUGCUGGAACUUGACAAUGUAAUUUCCGUUCUUUUUCAGAACAGUGAAGAAAGAGGCAAGGAACUGAAGGAAAUUUGCCAUUCUCAGUGGACACUCAGGCAUGAUGCGUUUGAAAUUCUCGUGGACCUUCUGCAAGCACUUGUUUUGUGUUUAGAUGGUAUAAACAGUGACACAAACAUUAGGUGGAAUAACUGCAUAGCUGGCCGAGCGUUUGUACUCUGUAGUGCAGUCACAGAUUUUGAUUUCAUUGUCACCAUUGUUGUUCUUAAAAAUGUCUUAUCUUUUACAAGAGCCUUUGGGAAAAAUCUCCAGGGGCAAACUUCUGAUGUCUUCUUUGCAGCCAGUAGCUUGACUGCAGUCCUGCAUUCGCUGAAUGAAGUGAUGGAAAAUAUUGAAGUGUAUCAUGAAUUUUGGUUUGAGGAAGCCACAAACUUGGCAACCAAGCUUGAUAUUCAAAUGAAGCUCCCUGGGAAAUUCCGCAGAGCGCAGCAAGGCAACCUGGAGUCUCAGCUAACUUCUGAGAGUUACUAUAAAGAAACCCUGAGUGUUCCUACAGUGGAGCACAUUAUUCAGGAACUUAAAGAUAUAUUCUCAGAGCAGCACCUCAAAGCUCUUAAAUGCUUAUCUCUGGUACCAUCGGUCAUGGGACAGCUGAAAUUCAACACAUCAGAGGAGCACCAUGCUGACAUGUACAGAAGUGACUUACCCAACCCCGACACUCUCUCAGCAGAGCUUCAUUGUUGGAGAAUAAAAUGGAAACACAGAGGCAAAGAUAUAGAGCUUCCAUCCACCAUUUAUGAAGCUCUCCAUCUGCCUGAUAUCAAAUUUUUUCCUAAUGUGUAUGCCUUACUGAAGGUGCUGUGUAUCCUUCCUGUGAUGAAGGUGGAGAACGAGCGCUAUGAAAAUGGACGAAAGCGUCUCAAAGCAUACUUGAGGAACACUUUAACAGACCAAAGGUCGAGUAACUUGGCUUUGCUUAAUAUAAAUUUUGAUAUAAAACAUGAUCUAGAUUUAAUGGUGGAUACAUACAUCAAACUCUAUACAUCUAAAUCGGAGCUUCCCACAGAUAAUUCAGAACCCAUUGAAAAUACUUGAGAGACUUUAAAAAUAGACUUUCUCUUGUAGGCUACUUAAUCAAUGAAUACCUUUGCCUGUAGGUCUCCCAUUGAAUAGGUUAGCCAUUGAUAAUCUCCCUAAUUAAAUGGCUCCUGUUAAACUCCCAUGCUUGGACAACCUCUUAGUUCUUCCAGAAGGUGGUAUUGGAAGUGCCACAUUCCACUUCUGUGUCUCUGGUAGUGGCACCUGGAAUUAUUUCAAUUAAGUCAUUUUACAAAUAGCAUUUAUUAUCACUGUUGAUCCAGUUGUCAGGUUUGAAUUAGCAAUGUUUUGAAGAAAUAAAUUUUCAGGAUGUGUGGGAGAAAGGAAUAGAUUUUAAGAAAUUUACAAUGACGCCCACAAUUGACCUUUGACUAAUAAGAGUUUUGACUAAUAGGAGUUAAAACUCUGAAAUGGACAAUUACCUGAGAGAAGUUAGUGAUCUUACCACACAAGGAUUUCAGUGUAAAGUUUGUCUUGAUCAAAUGAAUCCUAAAGGAGUAAGUUAGCAGUGGAGGAACCUGCCAUUGUCAUUCCGCAUCUGGCUGUUGCUGUUUACAUUCCUUUGCUGAGCCUACAUCUUGUUUGCAGGUUUAUGUCAGACACUCGUGUGUAAUGGUCAAGACAAUGUCAGAGGCCGUGGAUACUGAAAACUGACUUACCUGUUUUCUUCUGACUUCUUCCAUGACUCUGCUGCCUUGUCUUGAUUUAUAAGCAAAACCUGGAAAACCUACAAAAAUAAGUGUUUGUGGUUUAUCUAGAAAUAAUACAGAAAAUAUUGCUGUUAUUUUUGGUGAAGAAAAAUCGAUUUUGUAUAGUUUAUUUGAAUCUA